GAAUAAAAGGGGGGGUGAGGAGGGUGUGCGUAGGGGCGGGGGAGUUUGUCGGCUUACCUUCCUCAGUCUAGAAGUUUCUGAGCACCGCCACAUCUCGUCUGUGGGAAGCACCAGGACAGCCCCCGGAGCCUUUAGCACCGAAUCCCCUGCCCCACCCUCCCCUGCGCCAACCGCGGAGGUGUUCCGGGAAGAGCUGCGGAAGGGAGUCUGCAGGUUGAAGACAGACCUCGAACGAGGAAGUAUUUAAGCCGCGUCGUCAGAGGAGCAGAAGGUAGCCCACAGGGGAUUCCUGUCCCUUGACCUGUCCCCAGAGGGGCCUGAGAGCGGCCAGGUUUGCAGCGCGACCCCCCGGGCAGGUGUGCAGGCCACUUGGGCGUUACUGGGCGUAGGCGGGGAGCGGGUUCCGCACCGGCGUGUCCAGCACAGGCCCACCAGGGGCACACGGCCGGUCUGACAGAGGGUCGGGGUGGGUGUGGCUGCGCCCCGUCCUCUGAGGCACCACCUUCCCACCGCCCAGGCCCUCCCGCUGGAACCAGGGAGGGUCGGCUGCCCCGGCCACACCGGUUCUGUGCAGGCUUCACAGGGCCGCAGUGGGGACCGGCCCCGGCCCGGAGGGGGGCUGGCACUGGCUUUGGGUUAGGCCGGCAGAGGCCCGAAUAAUGGAGAGGGGGCCCGUCGUGGUGGCACGCGGCUGGGCAGAAAGGGUGGUGGCUUCACCCACAGCCCAGGGGGCCAGCUCUGGCCCCUCCCCCUACCCGCCGCCAGGAUGGAAACUCUGACCUAAGUAAUCGUUGACCAGGCAGUACGGAGACAUGGUCUUCUAAUCCAGGGUCUCGCCCGAGGUGACUCGGCCCCCAGGGGACCCUGGUCACGACGGGGGGCGGGGAUGCCACCCCACAGUGCCCCAGGGAGACCCGGUCGGCCCGCUGUCGGUGCUGCACUGCUUGGGGGUGACCGUAAAGCCGAAUCCACCAAGGCGGCCGGGAGCGUCGAUGGUGCCAGAGCCCCCGGGCCACCCUGGGGAGGGAAGCGGACGCGCUUCUCUCCGUUGUCGCCCCGUGUCCUUGUCAGAGCACAGGCGCCUCGAGCCACUGGCCGGGGGUCAUCACGGGACCUCCCUCCUUCCAGUCGUCCCGGCACCGUCUACUCUCUGUGCCUCUCGGUGGCUGCUCCAGGGCCCCGUGAGCGGAGGUUACAAGCCACGCCGGCCUCGGUGCGAGCGAACAGGGACGCUUCAGCUGUUUAGGGCCCCGGACAGAGGCCUGCCCGUGCCCCCCCCUUUCUCAGAUAACAUCCGCGUGCCUUACGCCCACUCAUCAACAGCGCACAGCCCUGUGUCUUCAGUUCACAAGGCUGUGCAGGCACCUCUUCUGGUUCCAGAACAUUCCGUCACCCCAUAGGAAACCCGGUCCCCAUCAGCCGUCACCCCCACUCUUCCCCCAGCCCCCACGAGCCCCCUUCCUGUCCCUGGAUGGGCCUGUUCUGGAUGUUUCACACCCGCAGACUCACACUCCGUGUGGCCUUUCGUGUCCGGUUCCCUCCCUGAGCAUCGUGUGUUCGGGGUCUGUCCGCGGGGCGGCGGGGUGGGCGCCUCGCUCCUGCUCACAGCCAAGGACGUGCACGUGCGCGGCAGACCCAGCUGGUUCAUGUGGUCACCCGUUGAUGGACGUUUGGGUUGUUUCCACUUUUUGGUGAACGUUCUGAAUUGCGCUGCCGCGAACACGCGUGUAUGUUUCGAGUGCGCGCGUGUUGUCGCCUGUCUUGCCCGUGGAUCUGAGAGGCAUCGCUAGGCCCCGGGGCAGCCCCGUGCUGGGCUGUUGUCCCCGGUGGUCACUGCCUUCUACGCGCACACUGGCCAGGCCCAAGGGUUCCGGUCUGCCCGUCCUCGCUGGCGCUGGUGACGGGCUUUGUGGUGACGGCUGUUGUCGUGGGAGCACUGGUUUCUCCGUCCCUCUGACCCCGCUGUCUCCGGUCAGCUCUUGCGACCCUGACGCUCACCUUCUGUGUUUUGCGCGGUUCCUGCGCCUUGAGCGCGGCUCACCUGGGCCCAGAGGAGUGGUGGGGCUUUGCCUGUCCACGCAGAGGGUGGGAGGCCUCGCCAGCCACGCCGAAGCCAGGAAGGGCCCGGGCCCACGGGUAGCCAGGCUGGGCUGCCGCGGUGUCGUCAGCAGCGAGUCGCUGUGCCCAGGCUCGUUAUGAAACUCCACAGGGCCUGUUAGCUGGUGGCUCCUGAGUCUCCUGGGGCCCCUGCAGCAAGUGACCACAGAUUCCGUGGCCUGGAGCCACACACCUCUGUCAUCUCACAGUUCUGGAGGUCGUGAGUUCAAAGUGGGGUGGGCAGGGCUGGGCUGGAAAGUUCUAACACCCAGGCGUGGGCAGGGCUGCCCCCCCCCCGGGCCCCAGGGAGCCCCCUUUCCCCCCUUCUCUGGCUUCUAGAGGCCCCGCAUCCUGGGCCCGCGGCCCCUCCUCAUCCUCCCGGCCAGCAGCACGGGGUCUGCCCAUCUCUCUGCCUCCCUCUCGUGAGGACCUCGCCAAGACGCUGGGCCCCUGGGGCACCCAGGGUCACCCCCGCCUCAAGGGCCUUGACAGGGUCCUCUCUGCCACGUGAAGUGACAGGUUCCCGGUCACAGAACCAGGACGGGGACACUUUUGGAGGCCCUUAUCCUUCCCACCGUCUCCUGCCCACUCACCAGGGCAGGGAGCCUGCUUCACGCUCUUGCACAUCACGUGCUGCCUCAGCCCCGGGAGCAGGCCCUGGGGACACACCGAGGACAAGGCCGACGCUGGCCGGGUUGGGCAGCUGUGAGCAGGCGGGAGGGUGGCAGUGGGGUCCCUCCAUCUCUGCUGCCACCUCCCAUUUGGCCCCCGGUGGCCGCAGAAGGACCAGCUCUCGAGGCUAUGCUUGGGUGCUGGCUCCCUUCAGCUGCGAGCAAUCUCUCUUUAAGUCUCGUGGCCGAGAGUCCACACGGCCCAAACCGCUCAGUUGGGGCUCCCAUCUCGGCCACAGCGGGCACAGAGUCGGCCCAGUUCUGGCGAGGCAGGUGCUCAGGCCGCACGUGGCCCCAGAAAUGCAGUCGCCGGCUCCGGGGGCGCCUUGUCAGGGCCCAGGGUCCCGGGAGGCCCCUUCUUCCCACAUCCCGGCAACAGAGGGCCACAGGCCGUGGUGGAGCCAUGACAGCUCUAAGUGUUUGCUGGGAGCCCAGGUGCCCCCAUUGCCAGCCCCCCAUUGCCAGCCCGCCGUCUGGGUCACCCUCCCUGCAUCCCGGGCCGCUGUGUGCACUCAUCCGGGCUCUCCAGGAGUCUGGGGACCCCUGCACCCGGACAGGUAGUGCCCGUGGUGCACGUUCUCUGUGGGGGCCGCCGUGGGGGCUGGGGGGUGAGUGGGGUCCCUGCAGAAGGGGGCUUGAUGAGGGAAGCAGAGGCCAGAGCCAUGUGGGCUGAUGGCCGAAGAUGUGACGCCCCGGAAGCCGGGAAAGGCGAGGACUCCCAGGAGGGCCGUUUCGGACCUGCAGCCUCUAGAACUUUCUGAUACCACGGUUGGGCUGUUAGGAGCCCUGAGUCUGUGGUACUUUCCUAGAGCUACGUGCUGGAUCUUGAGGGGUGGAGUCAGAGGAACGAGCCUCCCCCCCCCCCCCCCCCCCAGUUUAAGUAAAGGAGAAGCUGGCGGGGGUGGGCAUUUGCAGUGAAGUCCUAAACGGUUACUUGUAGGCAGCAAAUGGAGGAGGGAUACGGAGGGCCGCAGGGUGGGGCCGCAGGGCGGGGCCUGGCACUUCCGCCUCUCCCCGGGCUUCCCCUUUUGCGCCUUCUGUCUGGUGACUCCCAGGACCCCGGCCCCGCCUGCCACUCUGGCACCCGGCCUCCCCCAUCGCAGCCCUGCCUUCGCUCCCGGGACAGUGUGGGGUGAUGGGCAGUGCCAGGCACAGCAUGGUGACUGUGUCCCGCAUGAGCACCCGGCCUCACGUGCUCCAUUGCGCUCUGUCCCACUCCCUGACGGGGGCGUGUACUGUCCCAGGUAACAGGACACGGAGCACAGAGAGAGGCUGGAAGAGUAGGGGGAGUAGGGCCCUCACCGCCCUGGGCAGGGCCGCGUCCCCAGAAGCCAGUGGGCACCCAUCCUGGUCCCAGCUUGGACAGACAGGACCCAGACGGGCUCGCCCGGGCCUCUUAGGCAGGCCCUGUGGGGCAGCGUGUCCCCCCAGAAUUCCCGUCCGUCCAUCGGGAGCGCGGUUUCUGCGCAUGCCCUCAGGGUGGUGAGGUCUGCUCCCCGCUCUCUCCUGGCCCUGGCGGUGCUGGCCAAUCCUUGGUGCCCCCCCUUGACCUCCAUCCUCAUGCAGCCUUCUCCCGUGUGUCCGCGUGUCCUUCUGCGAGGACAGCCGUUAUCGGACUAGGGACACCUGGAUAACCAGGAGGAGCGCGUCCCGAGAUGCUCAAUCACCUCCGCAAAGCACCUUUUUCCAAAUAAGAUCUCGGGCGAGGCCGGGGACGCCGCGAAUCUCCAGUCCCCCGUCCCCGCGGCUAACAGCAGCGCCCUGCCCGGGGCCACUGUGCAGAGGCCUCGCCGGGGAGCACGGGCCGGGCACGGGGCCACCAUGUCCAACCCCUUCCUGAAGCAGGUUUUCAACAAGGACAAGACUUUCCGGCCCAAGCGCAAGUUCGAGCCGGGCACCCAGCGGUUCGAGCUGCACAAGAAGGCCCAGGCGUCGCUGAACGCGGGGCUCGACCUGAAGCUGGCCGUGCAGCUGCCCCCCGGCGAGGAGCUCAGCGACUGGGUGGCCGUGCACGUGGUGGACUUCUUCAACCGCGUCAACCUCAUCUACGGCACCAUCGGCGACGAGUGCACGGAGCAGUCCUGCCCGGUCAUGUCUGGCGGCCCCAAGUACGAGUACCGCUGGCAAGACGAGCACCAGUUCCGCAAGCCCACGGCGCUGUCGGCCCCCCGCUACAUGGACCUGCUCAUGGACUGGAUCGAGGUGCAGAUCAACAACGAGGAGCUCUUUCCCACCCACGUCGGCACGCCGUUCCCCAAGAACUUCCUGCAGGUGGUGAGGAAGAUCCUGUCGCGACUGUUCCGCGUGUUCGUGCACGUGUACAUCCACCACUUUGACCGCAUCGCGCAGAUGGGCUCCGAGGCGCACGUCAACACCUGCUACAAGCACUUUUACUACUUCGUCAAGGAGUUCGGCCUCAUCGACACCAAGGAGCUCGAGCCGCUGAAAGAAAUGACUGCACGGAUGUGCCACUGAGCGCCGCUCGGCCCUGCGGCCACCGAGGCAGUGCCCAGGGGACACUCUAGCCUGAGGGCCACGUCUCCAGAACAUGGGCCCGUGCUUUCUAGAAAGCCCAGCAAGUGAUCGGAGCUCCAUGCUGUGGCGGCUACGCUGAGCGCCAGGGUCGAGUCCUCCCCGAUCCCAGAUGCAGCCGCCGUGGGUCUGGCCACCCUGAGCCCGUCUCCUCAGCCGGCAUUGAACUUGGACUCCAUGGUUGUAUGUGUUGGGCACCUGGGAAAACCCACUGUGUUUGUAAAGCACUUGCGUUUGCCCAGUGGGCCCGCACGGACCUGUGCCCUGCGGGCAGCCGGCGCCUGGGAGCCCCGUGUCUGCUUCACGACAGGUACGACAGGGACCCCACGGCCUGCCUCUCGGCCCCCCCGGGCCCCUUCGUGGAUCAUGAAAGAUACGAUUUUUCUUUUCCUAUACGUGAGCCUGCCUCCCCCUUUAGAAAAAUAUCCCCUGUCCCGUGUGGACAACACAGGAUGAGUCCCCUGGAACCGCUCUCCUGGGCGGGAUCUUUGAGUCUUGCCAGAUGGUAGCUGGAACUAGUCCUUCUGCAGAGCCUGCCGGCUUCACAUCAAAACCCUCUGUUUGCGUGGCCCUGUGUGGCUGUGGGAUCCGGAUCCCACCACUGUCUCCCACGGACCCUGGGAGGGGUGGCCAGGGCCCCGUCGGGGGCUGCACCGAAGCGACCGCGGGAAGCCCCGUUCUGCCCCGAGUUCGUGCCUCUGCCUGCCCACACAUGCUCCGUGGCCUCUCGCCGUGGCUGCCCUUCCAGUGUGGACCGUGCCGACUCAGUACCUCUGGGUGUCUGGGAUGCUCGCAGACGUGAGGGGCACCGUCACCCGACACCGAACAAGUGCAAUUAACAAGAGCUCGGGCCUCGGUCCUUCCGGAAGCCUCCGGGGCCCAGCUCAGGGGGGCGCCUGGCAAGA